AAUAUUAGUUUAGUCGCGCUAUCACGGCAUUCACUUGCAUACGAUUCGGUUAAAGCAAAAUGCUACUCCGAGUGAAAAGAUAUCCGCCAUUUUUGUGUGUGCACUUUACUUUAGUCCUUGUGUUAUCCUUGUGCACUGCACAACGCUGGCCAUAUGAUGAUUACGAUAUUCAAGGUGGCGAAGUUGAAACAGAAAACGAGCCUUCUAAAAACAUAGGUUCAUAUAAUCUGCCAGAUGGGUCUCUGGUUCAGCCUAUGCCCAGGCUUGGGUCUUUACCGGUGCAAUCGGAUGAAUUAAUCGUACCGGGCUUGGGUGUAGUUCGUGGUAAAACAGGAUACAAACUCAUUAAAGGAAGACCAAUAAAUUCGUACCUUGGAGUGAAAUAUGGAGUUGUCCGUCCCGGUUUGGGACGCUUUCAACAAGCCAAUAUUUAUCAACACCACAGAAAUGAUCCAAUCGAUGCGACACAAGUGGCACCAAAUUGUCCACAGUUUCCCGACCUGAAGAAAAUAACUGCCGCGGAAUCGCGCCGUGAAAAUGUUGACGAUUGCCUUUCGCUAAAUAUUCAUGUGCCGUCAUUUAUACUUCAACCACAGCAGAGAACUCGCCUCUUGCCAGUGAUGGUUUUCAUUCACGGCGAAAUGUUGUUUGAUGGCAGCGCUGAGGAAGCUCAACCAGACUACUUCUUGGAAAAAGAUGUGGUUUUAGUAUCAAUAAACUAUCGACUGGCGCCUUUUGGUUUCCUUACCACAUUGACGAAAGAAAUGCCGGGAAAUGUAGCACUGGCCGACAUACAUUUGGCACUGGAAUGGAUUCAGCAAUACAUACGACAUUUUGGUGGAGACCCGCUGCAAGUUACUUUAUUUGGUCAAGCCGGGGGCGCAACUUUGGUGCAUGCUCUAAGCUUUAGUAACAAGACACAAGGUCUUUUUCACAAACUCAUCCUCCAGUCAGGUACCGCCUUAAAUCCAUUAUUUUUGGAACAAGAUGCACUCUCCACAGUGCGCAGCUUUGCACGAUUAGCUCGCUGCCCUCGCGUCAGUGCGCCAGAAGUUCAAAAUCUUCAUAUCUGCUUUGAAAGACUAAGUACUACGGAAAUCUUGGAAACUAUGAGACGACAUUAUGAGGAGAAUGAGAAUCGUGGGUUACAUUUUAUGGGAGGUUUCAAACUAACAGUUGGAGACAGUCUUGGAUAUCUUCCCGUUCAUCCCGCCGCAUUAGUAUCCAAUCGCACAGUUCCAAUGAUAAUUGGAGUUGCUAAAGAUGCUGGAUCUUUCAUUUUGACCAGUUUCUAUUCUGAAUUAGCACGUAUACGUUCGAAUAACAUAUCCGACUAUAUAAAUGUUGUGUUGCGGCAUACUGCGCAGCCUCUACAUUACUUAACCUGGAAGAAUUUAGCGCUUCGGGAAAUUUUCAAUGAAGAAGACAUACGUAGUCCCAGUAUACCUGUUUUGAUCCAAGGACUAUUAGAGCUUACAAAUUUGGUUCUAUACCGCGGCCCAGUACUCGAUACGAUUAGAGGAUCUUAUAAAAAAGCACCAACGUAUUUGUAUUGUUUUGAUUAUCGUGGUGAAUUCCAUCGCUUCGGACACCUAAAAAAUCCAUUGCCAUUUGAAACCGAUGCUACACUCAGCGAUGACAACAUAUACCUGUUCCCAUAUCCAGAGGAAGUAAGGAAUUUAGGUACACAAGACCGCGCACUAUCGCGCUCUCUGGUUAAUAUGUGGACGGAUUUCGCUGCGUAUAAUGUUCCUCAUAGGAACAAUAGCGUAUGGCCAAAUGUCACGACCGAGGUGGGUCCAUUUUUGAGAAUAGUUAACUCGAAUGCUACAACAAUGGAGUUAGAUUAUCACUUCGGCGAUGGACUUCUGGUGCCAAAUUUGUACCCCGAGUUCUUCAAAAACACAGUAAUUUCUAAUUUGUCCACAACCACAACAACAACAACAACCACUACACUAAGGCCACAUUCUAACUAUCCAUACUAUUCCAACUAUUAUCCCAAUUAUAAUCCAAGUUAUAGGCAAAACUAUUCGCAGUAUCAUCAUCGACCACGAGUAACGGUUUUAAAUGGACCGGACCAAGCCAUGGAUUCUGGUCGUGAAUAUCAACGUUAUUACUAAAAUUUUAAGCAUUUAUACAUACACAUAUAUAUUUAUGUACAUACUAUAUAAAAGAAAUGAUAUAGAUACCAUAUUUAUGUACAUACUGUAUAAAUAAUCCCAUAAAGAAUUCAAUAUGAAUGACAUAAAAAUUA